AGAGUUGUACAGCAGAACUGUCAGAUGUUUGGUCCACCCGAGGCUACAGCACCACGAUGGACCUUUUUGAGACCAAUUUCCUCAACGAAUUAAAUUGCCUGGAAAACGGAUCCUUGCAAAAUUUAGAAAUAAGAGGGGAGUCGCCCUUGUUCCGGGAGAGUGACAGCUCCUUAUCGGCCGGCCGGGGACAGCCACUGUUAGAAACUGGAUGCGACAGCGGCGGUGAGGAGCUGAUCGCGUCCCGCCUGGGUCUACAGCCACGCUGCACUGGCCACUGUCUCAUCUGGGCUUGCGCGACUUGCAAGCGAAAGUCGGUGCCGACGGACAGGAGGAAAGCCGCCACCCUGCGAGAGAGGAGGCGGCUGAAAAAGAUCAACGAAGCCUUCGAGAUGCUGAAGAAAAAGGCCGUGCCCGACCCGAGCCAGCGGCUGCCCAAAGUGGAGAUCCUACGCAGCGCCAUCCUGUACAUCGAGAAGUUACAGGACUUGCUGCAAAUGCUGGACGAGCAAGAAAAAAAGUCAGGCGAAAGACCCGCGCAUUUACAGAUCGAAGGAGCGCGACGGGGGCCUUCGCUUAGGAGAGCAAACGUCAUCAGAGACCACAGACACAGGAGGCAUGCCAACUCAAGCUGAAGCUCCUUUCAGAUCUGUGGGCCUGGAGUGGUGGGGAAGCUGGGUACUGAAGCUGAAGCUGGCAGCUGCAGGAAGCUCUUUUUAUUCUGCAGAAAAAUGGCUGGAAAAUUGAAAAUGCCCAUUUGCUAUGUGCGUUACAUGGUUCCCUCGCUGCAAAGGCCCUUCAGCAUCAGCUUGAACGCUGCCGUUCAUGUUCUGCCAUUUUUUGCAAUCUUUGCCUAAAUGAAACCCUUUAGACGAAAAAUAUUAUUAAUUUAGCAAAUAACCUUGGGAUGAUGAAUACACUUAUUUCCUUUAAAAUGAAUAAUAUCAUUUCUCUUUUUACUUUUGUUCCAACAUGUUCGCUAUAUUCUUUCUGUGUUCUGGCGAGAGGACUCAAAAUUACAAGCAGGAACCACGUGUCAGUAGCUCACUGACAGGAGGUGCGUGAUGUGAUUUAGAAGAGACCGUGUCAAGAAGUGCCUCGACUGCCCUAUGAAAAGCCGGGGAACGGAGCACCGAGAAGCUGAAACGUCAGGCUACACUUAGACGCCUGCUUGACAGGGCGAGAGCAAAGACAGUUUCCCACACCUUUGUGGUCAGACUGAAUCCCAUACAGCCCUCAAAAUCAGAGGACAGCAAUGGCCCCCUGUGUAUGUUAAUUACAUAAACAUGCCACAUCCACCCAUUGUCUAUAACAACUUCUCCUGCACAGGGUGACAAAGUACCGUGGGCCUGUCCCAGGAAUCACAGGACCCCGGCAGCUAUACCAGUCUGUUAGAGCCAAUUUGAAUGUUAUUUCAGGCAUACGUACCAAUAGGUAACUUGUAAUGGUUAAAAGUACGGAAGUUUACGUAGCCUUAUUGAUGCUGGAUUUCUAUUGGUCAGGAUGUGAAUCCUAGGCUGUACAUGUGACAAUAGUAAAAAAAUAAAAAAAGAAAGUAAAAAAAAAAAGUGGAUAUAUGCGCAGCUUGGAAGUAUAUAGUCUUUGGACCGUAAAUUCUCAUCCGUUAUUAUUUUGUUCGUCGUUGAUUGUUAAUUGGAAACAUUGAAGCUUAUUUACGACUGAACGUGAUCCCGUUGACGACAACCUUCUUGAAAAUAAAAGAGA